AACAACACCUGUGCAGGUAUAUAUACCACACCUGGUGUACAGGUACGCCCGUGCGUUCCCCUCCUUCUGACGUGUUUGUUUUGACCGGUUGCCUCUGUUGAAAUUUGCAGGUGACCGCUCGUGGAGUGAGCACUGAAUCAACACCGCACUUGGCUACACCUGCCGUGCGUAUACACACCUGAGGACCACACCUGCCGUGCGUAUACACACCUGUGGGAGAUACCUGCCGUGCGUAUACACACCUGAGGGCGACGCCAUGUCAACUCCCGAGCCCGACACCAGCGUACCGGGACGCAGGAGUUCCCCCGGCGGGAGGCAGGAGGGAAAAUCCCCGAGGACGGAGACCAGCGACCCGGUACGAGGCCACACGGCGCGGAAGGACACUAGCGGGCCGGUACGGGCCCAUAGCGGGCAUGUGCGGGCUCACACGCCGCCGAGGGACGGCAGCGACCCGAUACGAGCUUACACGGCUCACAAGGACACUAGCGAUCCGAUACGAGCCCAUAGCGGGCCGAUACGGGCCCAAACGCCGGGAAAGGACGGCAGUGGUCCGAAACGAGCCCACACUCCGCUACGGAAGGACACUAGCGGGCUGGUCCAAGCCCACACACCGCGGAAGGAGGCUGCCAUCCCCGUACGGGCCCAGACGCUAUCCCCGCCGAGAGACCCCAGCGGGCCGGCCCGCACCCACACGCCGCCGUCCCCGCCCGUGAUCACGCCGGUCGCCCCUCCGUUCUCCACCCCCGGCUACCCGUUCCCGCUGUUCCCCGGCUGCCGUCCCGACGGCCUGCUCCAGCCCGCCCCGAUCCUCCCCGCUCAGCCACCGCACGGCGCAGCCUUCCUCCUCGGCAGGGAGAAGGCCUUCGCCCCGCUGCCGGCCGGCGGGCGCUCCGCUAGCCACUUCGACGCCGCCUUCCCUCGCUACGGGCUGUUCGAGCGCUGCCUGUGCCCGUCACUAGCACAAACCCCACAGGACUGGCUACUCAAGCCCGGCGCCGACUCAGCCCGACAGUACUACUACGGACUUCUGGAAAAGGACCGUUUCAUGAGCGGGCUGAAGCCACCGGGCGGCUCGGCGUACCCCGGCGGGCUGCUGAGCACCCCCGUCCCGUCCAUCUCUCCGUACCGCCCCGCUCUGCCCUCCUUCUUCCUCGGCAAGGACGCCUUCAACACGACCCACGCCGCGCCGUACCCAUUCAGGUACCCGACACUCGUCGAAGACGCCCUGCGGAAGCCCGCCGGCGCCCUGAUCGACGAGAGCCCGACGUCCUCCUCCAUCCAGCUCACCCUGAAGACGGCGUCCAACAAGACGCGUAAAGGCCACCUGUGCAUCUAUUGCGGGAAGCUGUACUCCCGCAAGUACGGCCUAAAGAUCCAUCUGCGGACUCACACAGGCUACAAGCCGCUCAAGUGCAAGGUCUGUCUGCGGCCUUUCGGGGAUCCGAGUAACCUCAACAAGCACAUCCGUCUGCACGCGGAGGGCGAGACGCCGUACCGCUGUCCGCACUGUGGCAAGGUGCUAGUGCGCAGGCGCGACCUGGAGCGUCACGUGAAGUCCCGACAUCCCGACGCCGCCGCCGAACACCCGAAGAAACCCGAGGACGGACCCGAGCGGCCCCGACUCCGCCCGACGGCCACUUCGGACGGCGCGAGCGACGCCGACGCCAUUAGCGACCACGACGACGCUGACGUCAGCGAUAACUGAGAGUGACGCAACUUCCGGCCAGCGAGCACUGAGAGUGACGUAACUUCCGGCCAUGCAGCGAACACUGAAAGUGACGCAACUUCCGGCCAGCGAACACUGAAAGUGAUUCAACUUCCGGUGGAGAUUUGAAAACGCGAUUUACAAACUUUCUUCUGUAUUUAAAGUUAAAACUUUAGAUCCGACACAAAAAGUUCUCUUACCUAGAACU